AUGUGGCGAGGCGGCGACGCCGGGGCGGGCGUCUUGUCCCUGUCACCGACGGAGGUUGCGCUGGCGGCAGCGCUGAUUGUGGUCCAGGCGCUCGUAUCGCUCAGGUUCCAGCUGGGGCUGCACACGCAGCUGCUGUUUGCAGCCGUGCGCUGCGUGCUCCAACUCAGCGUCCUGGGUUAUGUGCUAGUGCCCAUAUUCGACUACGGCCGCGCGUGGCUGGUGCUGCUCUACUGCGCUUUCAUGGUCUGGGUGUCCGCGGUGGAGGCCGUGGGCCGCCCCUCCAAAACAUUCAGGGGCGUGUUCCUCAACACGCUGGUUAUUGUGGGGGGUAGCUCCUCCGCCAUCAUGGCCUACGCACUGCUGGUGGUGAUGAGGGUCGACCCCUGGUGGACACCCCAGUACCUCAUACCCAUCCUCGGAAUGGUGCUGGGCAACACCAUCACCGGUAUAUCUGUCGGCCUGGGUACCAUCAUUGAGGAGCUCUCAUCUGGCGCCGACCGCGUUGAGAAGCUGCUGGCCCUGGGCGCGACGCGUUGGGAGGCGACGCGGGAGCCUGUGGCGCGCGCGGUCAAGCUGGCCAUGACGCCGCUGCUCAACCAGAUGAGCGUGGUGGGGCUGGUGUCAAUCCCCGGAAUGAUGACCGGCCAGAUCCUGGCCGGCACAAACCCUUCAGAGGCCGCACGGUACCAGAUGGUCAUCAUGUUCCUUCUGGGGGCGGCCGCCACGCUGGGCGCCGUCGCGUCGAUCUACGCGGCCGUGAUGCACCUGGUGGACGGAAAUCACAGGCGAGCGCCGCUGCGCGGCGACAGGCUCCUGCCCAAGGACACGAGGGGCAUCUUUGUGUGGCUGUGGCACCAAUUGGUCGCGGCCUGGCAGUUCUUUGUGCGCACGUUCUGCUGCUGCCUCCUCCGCCGCCCCGACCGCGAUGGCGCCUACGAGCCCCUCAGCGGCGGCGCCGGCGGCGGCGACGCUGUGGAGGGCGGGAGCGAUGGGGCGGUCGUCGUCGGCGAGGGCGGCCCGGGGUCCGGGUCCCUGGAGCGCAAGGCCAGCGGAGCCAAUGAUUCGGAUGUUGAGGCGCCGUCAUCGCUGGUGUCACCAAGAGCAUAG